AUGGCCAAAACAAGAGGAGCCAAGACCCCAUCUCCAUUAACUCGAAACAGUACACUGAGAGUCUUACCUGUACAAGACUCCAUGACUGAGCCUCCACAGCCACUCGCCAUCCCACCUUCCGAAGAUGGAGCGUCGUCUAGUCCUCCUCAGCGAAGGUAUCAGACCAGGAGACCACCCACUACACCAAGGGCAAGCUCCUCACGUCCCAAGAAGUCAGCUAGUCGCCCUUCUACGAAGAAAGCCAGAGUCUCAGCUCCAGUAAAGCCAUCAGAGCCUCCAUCAGAGCCUCAGUCGCCUACUACAGAGUCUCAGAUUCCUUAUGGGAUGACUCCGGAGGUGGUUAUCAGGCGACCUAUGGUUACUCAGCCACCCAUAGAGGGCAAUUUGGAUUGUCGGGUUAGGUCAUUCCACUCUGAGCUAUGUCUUGACAGAGAGACUUUUAGACACUAG